CACACACACACACUAACUUUCAAUAACAUUGUUUAGUUCUUAAGAAAGUAACAUAGCUAAAGUCUGUCUGAUACUUAUUUUGACUCAGCAGCUCAACCUCUCGAAGGACAGACCAUGUCGAAUCACUCCGAAGUGGGGAUUUACCUGAGCUCUCACACAGAGAACAUCCUGCUUGCAAUCUUCUACAUGCUCGUCUUCAUCCUCUCAGUCCCAAGCAAUGCUCUGGCACUAUGGGUGUUCUGCCAUCGCAACACCACCAAAACUCCUUCCAAAGUGUAUCUGAAGCACCUGGCAAUAGCGGACAUGUCCUACAUAUUAGUGCUCCCCAUGCGAGUGAUCUAUCACCUGUCUGACUGUCAUUGGCCUCUUGGCGAAGCAGCUUGUCGUGUAGUGGGCUUCCUGUUUUAUGUCAACCUCUACUGCAGCAUGUACUUUAUGGCCUGCAUUAGCGCGGAUCGAUUGUUGGCUUGCAUUUUACCGCACAAAGCUAAAAAUCUGCGAAAGACCAGGAAUUCCAAUGUGGUCUGUGCGGUCCUGUGGGUCAUGGUGACCAUCUCUAUGAUGCCCGUCCUGUUCUCCAGAAACCAAGUGAUUAGAGAAUGGCAGAACGUGACAGUAUGUGAAAAGCUAUACAUAGAGACGUCUUCGAAUCCCACUGGAGCACUGGUGUCAGUUGCUGUUUCAUUCCUCGUUCCUUUGGUUAUUUUGAGUGUUUCUUAUAUUCUGAUAUAUUGGAGGGUCAAACAAAUGACUUUUCAAGAACAGACGCCAGCUCAGCGUAAGGCCAUGAGAAUGAUUGUACUUACGGUGGUCAACUUUGUGAUUGCUUUCGUGCCGUAUCACAUUCACAGAUUGUUUUUUAUCAAACAGCAUGAUGACAUGUCAAGGUCAGAAUCUGAAAGACAAAUGCUGUAUCUGGGAAAUCGUAUUACCUCAGCUUUGACAUGCAUCAGUGGCGUGUUGGAUCCUGUCAUGUACUUCUUUCUGGCUAAAAAUUAUCAAGAGACCUUGCUGCAGCUCUGUGGAAAAAGCCCCAAAUAUGAGCAAUCCACCACAUGAUCAGACUGGAAAGGUCUCUUGACAUCUUCUCUGUUAGCUGUCAGGCAUAACGAAACUCAGCAUCUGUAGCACAUGAGUUAAAGUGAAAGAACUGCACGACGUUCAUCACAUUCAGACAACUAGCACAAAGAUUCUAUCCUCAACAAAUGUGGAACUCGUAUUUAGAGUUGAGAAUUUCUCAAAUGAUAACGUUAU